AUGGGGAAGGUGCUGGGGACGGGCAGCUUUGGGAGGGUCUACUACGCCCGUCACACCGCGACGGGCACGGUGUGCGCGAUCAAGGCCCUGUCCAAGUCGCAGGUGUUGAAGAACGGCCAGCUGCAGCACCUGAAGGAAGAAAAGAACAUAUUGUCCAAUGUGGACAACGCCUUCCUCAUUCGGCUUCUGGGGUCCUUUCAAGACAAGGACUGCGUGUAUCUGGUCAUGGAGUUUGUGCCGGGCGGGGAAUUUUUCACACACCUGCGAAUUGCGGGAAGGUUCAGCGAGUCAACCACAAAAUUCUACGCAGCUCAGGUCUGCGCCUCAUUCGAGUAUCUGCACAGCAUGAGCAUAGUGUAUCGGGACUUGAAGCCAGAAAACAUGCUGCUGGACAAGAAAGGGGAUUUGAAGAUUACAGACUUCGGCUUUGCUAAAGUGAUCAAGCGCCGGACAUUCACACUCUGCGGCACUCCCGAUUACCUGGCACCAGAGAUCAUAUUAAACAGGGGACAUGCCUUGGCAGUAGACUGGUGGGCUUUCGGAGUGCUCAUAUAUGAAAUGCUUGCUGGAUAUCCGCCAUUCUAUGAUGAUGAUCCCAUGAAGACGUACAAAAAGAUAUUGGCUGGCAAGCUUGAAUUCCCUUCUCAUCUGUCUGCAGUUGCCAAGGAUCUAAUCAAGAAGUUGCUUCAGGGCGACCUGACAAGGCGACUAGGAAAUCUGGCGGGAGGCGUUUCGGACAUCAAGAACCACGCGUUCUUUAAAGAUAUCGACUGGCCGCGCAUAUGUUCCAAACAGUUGCGCGCCCCAAUUGUUCCCCUAGUGACGUCACAAGAUGACACCUCCAAUUUUGACGACUACUCCAAUUUGCCCCCAAUGGUGCACAACACCUGCCUAUCUUCCACGGAGCAAAUGCUGUUUCAGGACUUUUGA